CAUCCAGUUCAGUUUGUUCCUUGCGAUGUACACAAAAUGCACGUCGAUCUGAAACUUAUUCCGAAAAAUAAAUACAUUUUAGCAUUAAUCUUUACAAUAAUUGUACAAGUAGGAGCAAGAAUUUCAAGGAAUGAGGAAAUCUGCGGUAAGUUCGAUGGCAGAAGGAUUUACUUGGAGCUGGACGAUCGAGGAUUCUUGGAGGCAAGGAACCAACCAAAUACCAUCCAAAAUUCAGAUAAUACAACGCCUCAUAAACAAUGCAGCUUAGAACUCAUCACUUGUCCAUCAUGCGUUGUCACCAUCAAAUUCACUUUCUUGAAUAUUUCACGGAACUGCGGCAAGAAUUCGGUAUUGGAUCGUUGCGGAUGCGAUUACGUCUGGAUUUACGAGCCGCCCUUCGAAGAGGUUUCUGGGGAGCAGUUCUGUGGACAUUACAUGCAGACAAACGGGACAAAUCUCAUCUAUAAAAGCCAAACCAGGUCUGCGGCCAUCACAUUUUAUUACAGCGAUGUCCAUCAGCACGCUUUCACCCUCGAGUAUUCUGCUGAAAAAAAUAGAAAUUACUACGAAGGAUAUCCCCAAAUGAGCAACAUGAACAACGGCAGUCAGAUCAUUUCCUCGCCCUUCUUUCCAUACUUUUACCCGAGAGAUUUGAACACCGAAUACGUAAUCAGCUGCAAAGCGACGGAGAACUGCAGGAUCCGCUUGAUAUUCUCGGACUUCCAAAUCGCAACAAACUCAUUAAUUGAAUUUUUCGAUUGGAAUGGACAAAGGAUGCACGUUACAACAGGCAACAUUUUCAGACCUCCGAUUUUGAUCAGCAACGGUCCUACUUUGGUCAUUAGGUUUUACGCAAACGGUGGCAGUAAUCUCGGUUUUAAAGCCUCAUACAUGUUUCUUCUUGGAGAAUACGAUAAUUCGACCUUGAAACCUGAUACUGAUUGUGGUGGUUACGUUGAUAAUUUGGGAGGUGGAAUUACUAUGAUGGAUAUGAUUCAGGAGAACACUAAAGCUUACGAUUGCUUUUGGAUUAUCCGACCGCCGGAGAGUUACAUGCAUCUGAAGACGCAGGUUUAUCUGAAAGUAAUCCUGUUUUCGAAAUUUGCUGGAAGUACUGAAUUGGUUAUAAGACAAGGCAUGACCUCGAAUGAACCAAUAGUUGAAGUUCUCAGGUAUCCUGUAUCGCACUACAUAGUAUCAAAGCAGAAAGAGCACGUGGCGCCAAUCGCUCAAGGAUUCUACGUGAGCCUGAAAGGCAUUUUCCGUCCGGAAUCAAGAAUAGCUAUCAUUUACUCUGCAUUCAACUAUAAAGAUUGCUACUCAGGCUCAGAUUUCCUUUGCAGAAACUUUCGUUGCAUACCUAUUUAUUUGAUAUGCGACGGCUUCGAUCAUUGCGGCGACAACAGCGAUGAAACUACAGAUUGCCUCAAAGAGCCUAAGAUAAAAAUGCGAUGGUCUCAUACCCCUAACUUUUUCUUCCCGAAGAUGAGCGACAGAUAUUCCUAUUUGAAGACAGCUACGAUUGUUUUUGUGGCCUGCAGUUUUGGUCUUAUAAGCUUGAUCUUCGCGUUGAUUGUUUUGCUGUGCAGAAUGAACGCUAGGAACAGGAAUCAACGGCACCUUCAGACUCACCUCCAAACAAUCAACGAUAUGCUAGUUUGCACGGUUGUUUUAGAUGAAGGACAGAUGAGCGUGACCGAGGAGGAGAUCGUUAUACCCGAUGAUCCGCCGAUGUACGAGCCUCCGCCGAAUUACGACUACGUGCUGAAAAUGGAGAACAAAGAGAAGAAGAAUCGCAAGAAGGCUGCCAAGAGACAUCUAGAUAAUAAGCGUCCGUGUUCGCGCUGCGAUGGUGCAUCGAGCCAAGAUCUUGAACAGAUUCCAACGUUUCCACCGCCCAUCUACACUUCGCAUUCCUCGGUGUUCGUGGCCAAAAUUGGUGGCGAAAUCGAAGCCAUCCUCCCGGCAGCUUACGUCUUCAAUCGAUACCAUUACAGUUCCUUGCAGAACAUCUCCGACUCAUUUCCUGUCCCAAUUCGCAGAUUCCGGUCCAUCGAUUUGUCCACGGAAAUCAGAAAUACUCCGAUCACUCGCUUCAAGAGAACCAGGUUCCUCUCUGACAGUGAGUUGUUCUUCAACAAUCGAAUGAUUCCUCCAUUGAGAAGAAGUGUCACUUGCGAAAAUGUAUUUAAAAUUUAAAUCUAAAUUUCUUAACUGAUUACUUGAAGACAACUUAACAAUCAUAAGAAAAAACAGUGUUUAUUUUCUUUAUAUAAGUACUAAUUAAGAGUUUACCAUAUUUUGCAUGAAUCAAAACUUGUUUCAACGA